AUGCUGUCGCCGACUCGUAUAUCGCUGUUGCCGGGUGGUGUUAGGGAACUGGUGUCUUCACCCAUGACGAGAUCGCGCACGGCAUUGCUAUGUCGGACAGGAGCUUUGAUAAGCGCAAAGUAUGGGAAGAGCUUGGAACAAAAGAGGAUGAUUACGAUUGAGCAAUUGGAUAAGAGGAGAGACAACCGCGAGCGCGUAGUCAUCCUAGGAUCCGGCUGGGCGGGCUUCACAGUCGCCCGCAGUCUCGACUCCUCCAAAUUCCAAACGCUCGUCGUAUCGCCACGAUCCUACUUUGCUUUCACGCCUCUCCUUGCCUCCACCGCAGUCGGCACCUUGGAAUUCCGGACCGCGCUCGAACCCGUGCGCAGCCGGCGGACUAAAGUCGACUUCUUCCAGGGAUGGGCCGACGAUGUCGAUUUCAAGAACAGGACUAUUACGAUUGAAGAGGCGGUUGACGAUCCGAAACAAGGUGUUGCACUAACCACGGAUCGACAUGCUGGGGAGACAGCGGAAGAGAGGGAGGCGGAGAGGAAGAAGGAAGCGAAAGUAGGGAAGCUGUUUGAUGUCGAGUACGACAAGUUGAUUGUGACGGUGGGGUGUUAUAGUCAGACAUUCGGCACGCCGGGUGUAAAAGAACACGCCUUCUUCCUCAAAGACGUAGGCGAUGCGCGCAGGAUCCGGAAUCGCAUCUUAGCAUGCUUCGAAGGCGCUGCGCUACCCACCACGUCUAUCGAGAUGAAGAAGCAGCUCCUCAACUUCGCUGUCGUGGGCGGUGGACCCACUGGCAUCGAGUUCAGCGCGGAGUUGCACGACCUCAUCAACGAGGAUAUGAAGAAAUUGUACCCGGAACUCGUUCAGUACCACAAGAUUACUGUUUACGAUGUCGCGGAGAAGGUGCUUCCUAUGUUUGAUCAGAAACUCGCGGGGUAUGCGAUGCAGAAGUUCAAACGCAAGGGCAUCGAUAUCAAAACAAGCCAUCAUGUAGAAGAGUUAAGGCCGGGGGCGCCUGCGGAAAGGAGCUUUUCAGACGACGUGGAUGACUACCACCUGUAUACUCUCAAGGUGAAGGAGGAGGGCGAGAUUGGCGUGGGCAUGUGUGUAUGGAGCACAGGACUAAUGCAAAACCCCUUCGUCGACCACGCCCUCUCUUCCGUCCGCGAAGCGCCAACCGACCUCUACCUCCCAUCAAGCUCCUCCUCCUCCUCUCCACCAUCUCCCCAAUCCACCACUCCAGGCAAAGACGUAAAAUGGACAGUAAAGAAAGACUCUAAAUCCGGGUCCAUCAUAACAGACGACCACCUACGCGUCAAACUCAUCCCCUCUACUUCCACCUCCGAAAACCCCUCAGAUAAAACUACGCAAGAAGCAGUCCACCCCUCCGUCUUCGCCCUCGGCGACUGCGGAAUAAUCGAAUCAACAACCUACCCCGCCACCGCCCAAGUCGCGUCUCAAAAAGCUUUCUGGUUGGCAAAACGGCUCAACGACGGUUCCUUGUCCACUCCACCAUCCCCCUCCUCAAAGGGCUUCACAUACCGCGACCUCGGGACACUAGCUUACAUCGGAAACUGGAAUGCGUUGUUCCAGGGAGGCGGGAAAUGGGGUGGCAGAUUGCAAGGGUAG